AUGUGGCAGUAUCACCAGUGUGAUCUUUUUCCUUUAAAUUUGGGCAAUACGGCGCAGCACCCUUCCGUAAGAUCUCAGCGUUCAUGUGGGCUAUACGUGCGAAAUGGCUUUGAAUUGCAUACUCAAGGAAAACUUAACGUCGGUGUUGACACAAUUCAGCAUGGGGUAGAAGGACUAACGUAUCUUCUCACUGAAAGCUCCAAGCUUAUGAUUUCUGAGAUAGACUUCCAAGAUUCCAUUCAUGUUUUGGGAUUCUCAGAUGAAUUGAACAAAUUAUUGCUCCAGCUGUACCUUGAUAACAGGAAAGAGAUCAGAAGCAUUCUGAGUGAGCUGGCACCAAAGCUUCCCAGCUAUCACAGUCUUGAAUGGAGACUGGAUGUGCAGCUUGCAAGCAGAAGUUUGAGACAACAGAUUAAGCCUGCCGUGACUAUAAAGCUACAUCUUAAUCAGAAUGAAGAUCAAACUGCCCAAGUGUUGCAAACCGACCCUUCUACCCUCCUCCACCUAAUUCAGCAACUGGAACAAGCAUUGGGGGAAAUGAAAACAAACCAUUGCAGGAGAAUAGUGCGCAACAUGAAAUAGUAUUGAUUCGUAGCCAUUGUCUUACUAAGCAGUUUGUGAAACAACUAAAAACAAUGUUCACAAAUACAUUUUGAGGGGAAAAAAUAAACAUCUGGAUCAGAUGAAAUGCUUUCCUGUGCCAGGAUCUUGAGCCAGUAAUUAUAGGCUGAAUGUCUGUAGGUGCUAACUUUACACACCUGCCUGAUACGAGAUAGGUAAUUGGUUUUGCUUUACUUGCAAAUGUAGAAAUUCAGCAUGCUAUGCUGAGAAUUUCUUUAGCUCUAAAUUAGUAUAGUACUACUUGAAGAUCUUUCCUACAUUAAGUAGAGCUGUCACAAUAUUGUAUGAAGCUGCACAUUUAUUUUUACAUUUACCAAGUAGUUUUUUUCCCUGGGUCUUGCUUCUCUUUUGAAAUUAAAAAAAAAAACCAAACCUGUACUGGUGGGAAUGAUACUUUACAGGAAUGUUUUUUCCAUCUAGACUCAUGUAUGCGUAAGAGUACCUGUGGGACUGCUGCCCUCUUCCUCCAAAAGAUUCAGUCAACUCAGAGGCUGGGUGUUACACUGCUUUUCUACCCUUCUUAUAUAAUGAAAGAAAGCAUAAUCAAGCUAAUGCUUCCAUUUUAACAAAGCUAGCUAUAACCCCUACUAGGCAGUCUCAUGCUUUCUGCGGGUAGCAGUUACCAUAGAAAACCCAGUGGCCUAAACAUAAGUUAGCAUACUGGUUAUUUCUAGAUGUAAAAGUGAUCUGAAAAAUUGCAAAAAUAAAACCAUGGGCUAGGUGGCAGGUUAAGAAUAGCGUUAACUUCUGCUAAAUCUGAUCUUCAUGUUGUGAUGCAACAAUUUUUGUUCCCCCAUUUGGAUAGUGUGCUCAUAAAGGAAGGACUAGCUAAGUAUUGCAACAUAAAUGAUGCUUUUCCAUUUUUAAGAAAAAUGUCUAACAAAGGUUAUGUCAAAAGUCACUUUUCAAUUGUAUUCUAAUGCAAUAUUUUGUAGCUUUUGUGACUAAGGUUAACUAGUUUUACUACUUAAUGUUUUACUGUCACUAGUGAGGGUGCAUCAUAAAGCCCUUAAAGUACAUCGGGGAGGACAAAUAGACAAGAGAGAACCUUAACAUACAGAUUCUGGCAAUAACUGUAUAUCUACUGUCUUUCAUAGCAAAGCCAUAAAUUUAUGUACUGGGUUCCUACAUUCACAAAUGCAUUAUUUUCUUACUGUUUUGAAUUUUUUGUACCUUUGAGAGGUCCUAUUUCAGAUGAAACCUGCAUGGCAGAAGUGCUUUAAUCAAUAACACUUACUACCACUUUAAGAAAGUCAGUUUUCUGGAAUAUGGAGUUGCUUAUUCUCUAAUUGCUUUAUAUAGUGUGGCAAUGGUGUGAACAAACUUAAUUUCCUCUCCCAUAUAUUAGUCAGCAAUGUGUUUCAUUUACCAUCCAUAUGUGGUGACUUUUUUCAUAGAAUUAUAGAAUCUUCUUCACAUACAGUAUGUUGUAAUUAAAUGUCAUCAAAUGUUACUGCAUGGGAUUUCUGAUUAGUAUUUUUUUAUGUAACUGGCCUACAUUUUCAGGUGAAAUACAAGAACAGCCUCUAUGU